AUGAAAGAUAUGAGUGGAUUAGUACUAACAUGGGGAUCUUCUCAUGAGAGUUUGAAAUCAUAUGCACUUCAUUUGCUAUGGGUUUUCACACUCUCCAUGAUCGUCGAAACUCUUUCCCAUGCCAGACUCCUUAACAAGAACAUGAAUAACGUUACAGCCGGCCUCUUGCAGACCCUCAUGUAUGGCUUGCGGACGGGGCUGACAUACCUGGUCAUGCUUUCUGUCAUGUCCUUCGAUGGCUUCGUUCUGCUCGUGGCUGUCGCAGGUUACUCUGUCGGAUUCUUCGUCUUUGGAAGCAGGUUGUUUGAUAAAUAUUAUUCAGAUAUUAAUACAAGAGCCUACCAAAGGCCUCCCACGGAUAUUCCUCCCCUCAAUUGCUAG